GCGGCCGGGUCUUCAGUGGGGUGCUCACUAAGUUGGUACCUCAGCUACUAUAUAUAAGAACGCUCAUGCCAAAACGUCCAUCCGUUACCGGAGUGCAGCGCUCGUCCCCUAUUCAUUCUUCACUCUCACAACAUGAUGAACACGAUCGCUGGAUCUCCCGGACCAUGCUGCAUCAAGACUGUGGAACACACUGGAACGGCCCGCGGGACAACCGAGAGUAUUGCUGGUAUCGAGACAUACGUUGCACGUCCUGCGAACCUUGGAGAGAAGAGGAAGAUCAUUCUCUUCUUCUCUGAUGUCUUCGGUCCAUUCUUUCUGAAUACACAGCUGCUCAUGGAUUAUUGGGCCUCACAUGGGUACUUGGUAUUGGCGAUAGACUACCUGGAAGGCGACUAUGUCCAGAAAUACCUCCACUUAUUGGGAACAGGUUGGACCAUCGAGGGCGACUACGUCUCAUCAAAGUUGGACCGUGCACGGCAGCUUACUCCGCCUUGGAUCGAGGCUGUCAAGGAGCAGUUUGGAACGCCCCAGACACAGUGGAGUGCUGCGGGAAACUGCUUCGGUGCUCCUUUUGUGAUGGAUUGCCUCGCAAACGACUGGAUUGCAGCAGGCGCCUUCGCUCACCCCGCAUCGCUCGAAGAAAGUCACUUCUAUAACCUGAAAAAACCUCUCUUGCUCUCAUGCGCAGAGGAGGACUUCACUUUUCCUCUCGAGAAACGCCGAAGAGCUGAAGACAUUUUACUUGAGGUCAAGGCUACCUACCAUAUCCAGGUGUUCUCCGGCGUGAAGCACGGGUUUGCGACGCAAGGCAACGUGAACGAUCCCGUAGCCAAGUGGGCAAAGGAGCGCAGCGCUGAGACGAUCAUGAGUUGGUUUGAUGUCUUUUGCACAGUGGCGGAACAAGAACGCCGCGCCUAAGAAGUGUUGUUCAGAUUACGUCACCGGAGGAAGGCAACUGCAAUAAUCGAAAUUCAAACGAGUAUUGUGAAUUUGGUUCAUGUCCAUGAUGUAUAUUAGGUCGAAGGUACUCAAAAUACGACGAACUUGCCCCUCCCUCCCAGAACAAGAUCGCUGGCCUAGACUUUACAAACAUGUAGACAGCGUGCCU